UGCCAAAUCAAUAUCGAUGCGUACAUGACCUUGUCCCAAAGCGGGCAGCACGAAGGCUGGGGGCUCUCUUACCUGGCAAACGUGCAGACAUGGGUGCGAGCAUGGGCGCGAGCAUGGGCGUAGGCGCUCAUGGGUCGACAGGGCCCCAACGUCUGACACCACGCUGGCGCUGCCUCCAGGUGGGAUAGAUACAUAAGGUCCGUCGGUCUCAGCAGGGGAAUGAGCUUCACGAACUGCUUCCCACAAGCAACCAGACCACACUCUCGAUCGACACUUCUGACCCAAGGCACCGUCAGCCCAGUCUCGUACCAUCCAUCGUCACAAUGAAUACCAUGGAGUUCAAGCAACAGACUCCGGAGUGGCAGCCUCCGCUAACCCCCAGCCAACCCAUCCCCCCCACUUCUACUCCUCGCCCGGCUACUACCACACCCAAGUCUGCCAGCGACCGGAGACCAAAGCUGCGAGCUUCGUGCGAUGCUUGUGCAGCUUCCAAGGUCAAGUGCAGCAAGGAGCACCCCAUCUGCGCUCGGUGCAGGGCCAAUGGCUCGCAGUGCAUCUACGGUGUGUCGAGGAAGCACGGCAAGCCCGGACGUACGCGAAAGAGGAACCCAGACGGCACUCCUUUCAUCAAGGCUUCCAAGCAGCGUCCCUCACCCGACGGCAGCGAGUUCAGCAAGUUCAGAGUCCGACCAGAGCCCAUCAUCUCUUCUCGCGAAGCCACUCCCUCUUCCAACUGGUCGCCCACACCCAGCUGGCCGGCGACGCCUGAGUUCGAGUUCGAGAUGACCCCAGAGCCCUUCUACCUGGAGCCUUCGCCCGACUUCAACAACUACAUGGGUGACAUGUCAGCUUACAUGCCGCUCCAACCCGAAUUCGAAUCUUUCCAGCCGAUCCAGUCUGAGCUUACCUUCAUCGACCCAUUUGCACGUAAGCAAUCCGUCAGGCUCGACCUCCCCGACAUCCAGGCAAUCAGGGACUUCGUCACCGUCGACACGGUGAACACGGUGAACCCGAUGGAGGUUCCAUUCCCUGGCAGCAUGCCAGUGGACAACGGCUUCCUGCCUCCGUCCAACACUGUCUCGCCUCACAGCCCCAAGAGCACUCCCUCUUACAGCCAGAACCCCCUUCGCUUCAGCAUCUCAAUGCCCACGCAGCACUGCUGCUACACGCUCGCGUACCAGACGCUCGAGAGCCUGCGCAUCAUCAACCCGCAGAACUCGACCAACGUCGAGCUCAAGAGCCUCGAUUCGGUCCUCUCCAUCACCAAAGAGGCUGUCGCCAACGUGCUGCAGCUCCUCAACUGCCCCUGCUCCUCCGACCCGCACCUCGCGAUGCUCUACUCCAGCAUCACCUCCAAGAUCUUGACCUGGUACCAAAUCGCCGCAGGCGUCCAGCCCACUGUCCCCUCGACGCCGCCUUCGCUCAGCGCCGCCUCCUCGCCCUCCUCUUCUGUCUUCUCUUCUCCCCUCUCGACUCCCUCAUCCGAGAACACAACCUUCAACAUUGCUGUUCAGCCCAUCACGAUCGGUUUGUUCGAGUUUGACGAGGACAUGCAGCAGACGCUGCGCCGGCAGGUGGUGCUCCGCGAGCUGCGCAAGUGCGGCACGCUCGUCGAGGCGCUGGCCAACUGGGGCAGCCCCCAGAAGACCACCCAGGCCGAGUACCUGUACGAUGUGUUGGGCGCGUGGCUCAAGACAGAGCUGUACAAGACGCUGCGCGAGGUUGAGGGUGAGCAGAUGCUUUAAGCUGCGUCCAACACCUUCUUCUGCCAGGGGCAGGCGGCACCUGCAGCAGGAUUCUUUCGCUUCGCGCCCUUGGCUGUUGGUUUUCUUCUCUUCUCUUCUCUUCUCUUCUCUUCUCUUCUCAUACAUAUUAGCGACAUUGUUU